AUGGUGGAUAGGAUCGAGUACAAUGUGGAACAUGCAAAGGAGUUUGUUGAUCGGGCAGUAGCGGAUACUAAAAAAGCCGUUCAGUAUCAAAGUAAAGCACGACGGGUAAGUUUAGCUUUCUUUUAA